CUAUUCCCUCUUGCGUGCUACUGAAGGUGCUAGCAAACAUUUUGGUGAGGCUCGCCAAUGUUUGUCUGCAAAUGAUUGUGAACAAAGUCCAUGUUUUGAACAAACUUUGCCGGGACAUCUAGCCCAAACAAAGUUCAAGUGUUCAAAUAACGGCGAGAAUCUGUCACGGCGUCAUUUUAAAGAUGGUGUUCUCGCGUUUCACCCUCACAACGGCUUUGCUAAUCGCCUGCGCCGUCGGCGGGCUCCGGGCUCAGCUGUUUUUCGUCGACCAGCCAGAACGGGACACAAACGUGCUCCUGUACCAGCUGUCAGCGCGUGUGGAGAAGCUGGAGAAGGACGCCGUUGAAGCAGCCAAAGCGCCGGUGUCCUUUGCGGCGGCGCUGGUCACCACGACGGAGUGGACCCACCUGGGUCCCUUCAACACAGACACUACCCUGAUCUUCAAGAGAGUGAUCACCAACUUGGGGAACGGCUACGACGCCAACACAGGUAUCUUCACAGCCCCCGUCAGAGGUCUCUACUUCAUCCUCCUGAACGCCAACGUGGGGAGCUCGGGGAGCAUGAACGCGGCGGUGAUCAAGAACGGGGAGAACAUGUUCGCCGUCUACGACACUAAGGGCACGGUCAGCGGCGUCAGCAACGGGAUGCCCCUGGUCCUGGAAGCGGGAGACAAGCUGUGGGUCACCUUGUGGGCCAACAAGAGCGUCUUCGACCAGAGCCGACUCACCACCUUUAGCGGCUUCCUUAUUAAAUCCAUGUGAAGACAACCAUUACAGAAUAAAAAAACAUGCUAAAGCA